AUGACUCUGAAUCUGCUCAAUCUCCCUCACGAUGUCCUUGCCGCAAUUUUCGAAUACCUGUCCGUACCCGGGCUGUGUGCACUUAGCUGUACAUGCCGGGGGAUGCGAGAUAUGAUCGCUGAGUUUGGAUGGACAGACUACCUGCGUGUCCACCCACCCCUUCCCUCCUACUCCCUGGAGAAGUCGCGCAAAUCCUGGGACGCUCGCACGAUCGCGCGCUACGAAUAUUUCACCGAGUGCCAUUGGGAAACGGGUAACUUUGUGGCACGCCCCCUCAACACGCCAUGGCGCACUAAGCUGCAGCCCACGCUUGCGAUCAACAGCUCUCGACUGCUCGUCGCAGCAGCGAACACUCUCGUCUCCUACGCUUUCGACUCGCCAAAACCUCGCAUCCGGCAGGAGGCCUCAUGGCAACUGUCAGACCGCUUCACGAGCCUGACCGAUGUCACGUCGCUGGCGUGUACGGAGGAUCCGGAUGUGUACAUCGUUGGGAUGUGGGAUGGGUCCAUCAAGAGAAUAGAGAUUCACCCUAAUAACCGCCCCGCACCCUCACUGAGUGUGACAACAACUUACCAGGAGCGCGACGAUGGCAUAGAAAGCCUUACCUGCGAAGAUAACUAUCUACUUUCCCUCACUGCCGCGGGCCGUGCUACCUUGCGCAACCUCAGUUCCCCUCAGAAUACUAGUUCCUCCAUAGAGCUCGGCGCCCGCAGCUGGACCUCGUAUCUCUGCACCAGCGCUUCCACACCGUUCGCCGCCUUCGGCACCUCUUCCACAUCCCCCCUCGUCCUCCACCGACUCCUCCAGGACGGCUCCUUCGCGCCGGAUACCCGAGUCCACAUGCGCGAGAUUCCAGAUAGACCCGCCAGCUCAGCCUGCUACGCCAUCUCGCGCGCACCACCCGCUGCGCCGUGGGGCGCUUCCCCCGAGCUCCUCGUCGCCGGCUGGUACGACGGCCGCGUCCGCCUUUACGACCUCCGCGUCGCCUCGCGAUACCACUAUCCCCGCGCUCCCUCGCCCACUGACGACAAUCCCGACCCUCCUGCUCCUGCACCCAUGCUCCGCCCCAUGCUCGCCAUGUCCGACCCGUGGCUGUAUGACCCAAUAUACAGCGUCGCGUGUGGUGGUGGCGCGGGCGCGCACAUAGCCGCUGGGUCUGCGCGACAUGGCGUCGUCUGCCUGUGGGACAUGCGUUACGCGCAGCGCAGUGGCCUGAGCGUACAUGCGCCCGGAAACGACGCUUCGCCGGUCUAUAAACUCGAGCUCGAAAGCUCAAAGUUGUAUGGAAUAACAGAUCGCCGGGCAUUCGUGCUCGACUGGGGUUCCAAUCCCACCGAAGAAACAUACCCAUCCCUAUCUCCGCGUCAUGGCCUCAAGCGCAAGAAGGGACAGCGUGGGCCUGGUUUUUAUGUGACCAAAUAUGUACACGAUAGGCAUAUUGGGUGA